AUGCAAUAUUUGAUGCUUAUAUUUGUUGUAUUGUUGGCAUUAAUUCCAUCAAUAACUACUUUAAAUUGUUACGUUUGCAAUUCAAAUAAAGAUUUUGGCUGUUUAACUGAUUCGAAUUUAGCUCAAUUUGAAAGCCAAUGUUCUGAUACUGAAGACCCGUAUUGUCGAAAAAUUGUUCAAACAGUUGAUAGCAUGACAAGUGUUGUACGAGCAUGUGGUUCCAAAACUGGAGCAAAAUCAUGUUAUAAAACAGCUGGAAACAAUCAUGCAAGUGUUUGUUCAUGUAAUAUAGAUCUAUGUAAUACUGCAGCAAAUUUGAAUGGACAACAACGAUUUAUGAUGAUCAUUCAAUCGAUUGCUGCUCUUAUCAUUACAAUGAUGCUCCUUCGUUAA